CGUAUGGCCCGAAUGGAACAUGCCCCAAACGAAUUGCACCUCUGCGGGAUUUCCGCAGCGCUUUUCAACCAGCGCAAAAGUCUGCUGGGACAGAGACAAACGUGACUGACACGUUCGUACUGGCGUUGCCACUCAGGUCGGAGAACAAAAGCGAAAAGGAACUUGUUUUGAGCAGUGAAGAGCAACAAUAUAUACUAUAGUAUCUGAGCUCAUCUUGCUUAUGAGGAGCGCUCUAAAGAAAGAAAUUGAAUUUUGAAUACUUUAUGCACAUUGAUUGUCAUGCAGUAAAUUCUGCGCCUUACACACACACACAAUCGGAAACAUUAACAAAGGUUGGAGCGCAGGUUAGGGGGCCCUUUAGCCGAAUAUCGAACAGUGUGCACAACGGCUCCGCGAGUGUGAGCUGCCAGUGUGUCCUCAGCUCGGCCAGGCUCGGCUCGGGGGAACCAGGUCCCGAGUUCUUCCCUGCGCCGCGUUUCCGGGCGGAGCGCGCAACGGGUCGGACGCUUCCGGUGUUGCUGCUGCUGCAGCCGCUGCCAGGGGCUCGGGGGAUGCCAGAGAGCGAUGGAGUUUCACUGAAGGCUCCCGCAGGGCAUUUCGCUCACACGCUACGGGAAAAAGGAGCGCAGCGCGGCCGAGGGCGAGGAAGACGCGUAAGGGGGAAGAAGACGGCCGCAGCCGCGACGCUCGUGGUGGUGCAGUGUGUGUGAGGGCUACGCGCUGGAGAUGAAGCUGCUGAAGCCCAGCUGGGUGAACCACAAUGGAAAACCAAUAUUUUCUGUGGACAUCCAUCCCGAGGGGUCCAAGUUUGCGACGGGCGGACAAGGAGAGGACUCUGGGAAGGUUGUCAUAUGGAACAUGGCGCCGGUCCUCCGGGAGGAGGACGAGAAAAACGAGAACAUUCCAAAGAUGCUGUGUCAGAUGGACAAUCACUUAGCUUGUGUCAACUGCGUCCGCUGGUCUAACAAUGGCAUUUACCUCGCCUCAGGGGGAGAUGAUAAACUGGUCAUGGUGUGGAAGAGAGCAGCAUACAUCGGUCCCAGCACUGUGUUUGGGUCAAGCAGCAAACUGGCCAACGUGGAGCAGUGGCGCUGUGUGACCAUCCUCAGGAAUCACACGGGGGAUGUCAUGGAUGUGGCAUGGUCUCCACAUGAUGUGUGGCUAGCCUCCUGCAGUGUCGACAACACUAUCGUCAUCUGGAAUGCGCGCAAGUUUCCAGAGAUUGUGACCUUGCUGAAGGGUCACACAGGCCUGGUGAAAGGGCUCACUUGGGAUCCUGUGGGGAAGUACAUUGCCUCCCAGGCUGAUGACCGCAGCCUCAAGGUGUGGAGGACCAUGGACUGGCAGCUGGAGACCAAUAUCACAAAGCCCUUCAACGAGUGCGGAGGCACCACUCACGUGCUGCGCCUGAGCUGGUCUCCGGACGGGCAGUACCUGGUGUCGGCCCAUGCCAUGAACAACUCUGGCCCUACAGCUCAGAUCAUCGAGAGGGACGGCUGGAGGACCAACAUGGACUUUGUGGGUCACCGGAAAGCAGUGACUGUGGUGAAGUUCAACCCGAAAAUUUUUAAGAAGAAGCAGAAGAAUGGCAGCUCCCAGAAGCCCAGCUGCCCUUACUGCUGUUGUGCUGUGGGCAGUAAGGACCGCUCUGUGUCCGUCUGGCUGACGUCCUUGAAGCGUCCUCUCGUAGUGAUCCACGACCUGUUUGAUAAGUCCAUCAUGGACAUCGCAUGGACCCUCAAUGGACUUGGAAUUCUAGUGUGCUCCAUGGAUGGUACUGUGGCAUUCCUUGACUUUUCUCAGGAUGAACUUGGGGACCCCCUCAAUGAGGAUGAAAAGAACUCGAUUCACCAGAACAUCUAUGGGAAGAGCCUUGCCAUCACCACAGAGGCUCAGUUAUCCACCACAAUAAUCGAGAACCCGGAAAUGCUCAAGUACCAGCAGGAGAAGGGUCCGGUGGAGCAUCACAAUGCUGCUGACCACGAGACCCAGGCACCCAAACUCACCAGUGUGGUCAACGGGGAGUCCCUGGAGGACAUACGGAAGAACUUGCUGAAGAAGCAGGUGGAGACGAGGACAGCGGAUGGCAGGAGAAGGAUCACUCCGCUGUGUAUCGCACAGCUGGACACGGGGGACUUCUCGCCGGCCCUCUUCAACAGUGUUCCCAUUCUGCCGGGCUCCUCCAUGUCCUCCCAGCUGACACCACAGCUGUCCUCCGACUCCAACACCGCCAACUCGCUGGGUUUGCGUCCUGCUUCCGACCCCCCGCUGGCCCCCCAGGGCAAGGCUCCGGAUGCCGCUGCUGAGAGCAGCGUGAACCCCUUGGGCACCGGUGCCGCACCUGCUGUGAACUCCAACAACAUCAAGCCCAACCUGCUGCUCACCUCGGCUGCUAAAAUUGAACCGAUGAAGGCCCUGGACUCGCGGUUCACCGAGAGGUCAAAGGCCACACCGGGGGUCACCAUUUCGUCCUCUGCUGUUGGCCUCACGAUGCUGGACAGAAUGAAGGAUGGCGGCCCCUUAAAGGAUCCAAAGCCCAAGGAGGAGACGAGCAGUGACAGCGAGGACAAAAUGGCGGUAACAAAGCUGUCCUUCACCAAGAGGAAAGGCGAGGUAGAGGGCCCAGAGGUGGUGGAGAAAAAGAAAAAGGGACGGCCGAGGAAAGACACUAAGAUGACACCGGUGUCCCAUGCUGUACAGCAGGUGACUCCGUCCUUGGAGAAGGAGACCUCGCGGGUGGCGGCUCCUUCGGCUGCGAUGAAACUGCCCACCGUGACCCUACAGAAGGUGUUCUCGCUCCAGAUCAGCGUGGAGUCGUCUGUGUUUGUGGAGGUGGAGAACGAGGUGUCGACAGUGGGAGGCGUACGCUUCAGCCAGCUGCGGUGCACGCGCGAGGGCCGAGAAUGGGACACGCUGCUAACCAGCCGCAUCCUCACCGUGGCGGGCAGCAGCGAAGUGAUCGCAGUGGCCUGUGAGGACCGCACGCUGUCAGUGCUGUCGGCCUGCGGUCGACGACUGCUCCCCGCCAUCCUGCUGCCAGCGCCCGUGUCCGCGCUGCACUGCUCCGGCUCCUUCGUCAUGGUGCUGACGGCGUGUGCCACGCUCUCGGUCUGGGAUGUGAAGAAACAGGUCAUUCUGGUACGAAAUGUGUCCCUGCUGACUAUCUUAUCGGGCACAGACACGACAGUCUCCCAGUCCCUACUGACCCAGCAGGGUGUACCUGUCAUCAGCCUCUCUAAUGGGAGGUCUUACUGCUUCAACUCCUCCCUAGAGACGUGGAACCUUAUUGCCGAUAAGCAGGACUCCCUGGUGCAGUGUGCCGACUUCAGGAACUUCCUUCCCUCCCAGGAUCCCAUGGUCUCCUCGGGGCCCCUGGCCAUAAUGCAGGGCCGAACGUUGAAUGCGGGCCGCCUUGCGUCCAGGCUGUCCUCCACUCCUCACCACCUGCAGCAGGGAAUGACCCUGGCCUACCUGGAGAACCAGCUGGCCUCAGCACUUAUCCUCAGAUCCAGCCAGGAAUACCGUCAUUGGCUGCUCAUCUAUGCACGCUUCCUGGUCAAUGAAGGCGCCGAGCAUCGACUUCGAGAGCUGUGCAAAGACCUUCUGGGACCAGUGCACAAAUCUGCUGGCAGUAUCUGGGAAGACACUGUUCUGGGCCUGCGGAAGAGAGACCUGCUGCGGGAAGUGCUUCCUGUCAUUGGGCAAAACUUGCGUUUCCAGCGGGUCUUCACCGAGUACCAGGACCAGCUGGAGCUCCUCCGCAACAAAUAGCACUUACUCGGCCGCGUCCCGCCCAGCUUGUUGCCCACAGAGGUACGCCGCUAGGGAAGGAGUCUGUCGUUUGGACCCAUUUCCCAAACCCGCAACCCCUGUCUCCAGGUCCACGAGGCAGGAAUGUCCAAAGGACUGCAUGGGAGGACUUGGCUACUGUGGUAUCGUCAAUAUUAUUGGUAAAGAUAGUGCUAUGAUAAAUGUCGAUUAAUGAUGAUGUCAGAGGAACAAAGAACAGCGCCAUGGGCUGCGAGAAUUGACGAGGACUGUGAUCACUGUGUCGGAGGAAGCGCAGAUUCCACCGCCCCAUUUGCAGCGAGUUUCGGCUAGAUGACGGGGCGGGACGGCAGCAGGCGCGGCGGGUUGCGGUGUGGUCGCCUUACCUAAAAUAGGAAUAGUAAUCUCCCAGUGCAGAAGACCUAACAAAAAGCCAGCAUUAGAGCUCCGUGCCGCUGUUCAAGCCUUGAACUUUGAAAGUGGUCUGUGUGUUUACGAGUGUCCCCCUGUCAAUUUGUACAGCCUAUUUCUGUUAGUCAUUUUUAAAUGUUUGUACAACACAUUUUCUUUUCCAUUUUCUAUAAAAAGGGGAAAAACUCAAAUAAAUCAUUGAGCAAUGCUUUGGUAAUGUUACUGACUCUAAAUCCAGUUUUUUAGGUUUUUUGAAGUGCUGUUUCAGCAAGCAAUACUUUUCUAUAAUUGUUACUUUUUGGUGUAAAAUCCAGUUUUUAGACUGUAGAAAGCAGCGAGCUGCCACCUUGCACUCGAAGGGUUGAAGUUCAAAUCCCACAUCCUGCUGUAGUAUCUUUUGAGUUAGGUACUUAUCAUGAUUACAGUAAAAUUUACCAGCUGCAUAAAUGGGUACAUAAUUUUAAGUAGCUUAACUUUGUAUUGCUUUGGAGAAAAGCGUUAGAUAAAUGAAUCAAUGGAAAGGAGGAAAUCUUGUAAGGACAGCGGUGUGAUUUCUCCUGGAUCAGUACUUUAAUCCUGUUAAGUGAGGAACAGCAUGUAAAGCUACAUAAACCUGCUCUUGCGACAUUUCUUGCUAACAUAACCUUUUCUUUAAGGAAAGUCUCUUUCUUUCAGCCAGGUUGCUAGCUAAAGGGGUGGAAACAUGUCAGGAAUUUUUUGCUGAUGUAUGCAGUGUACAGCCAUAGAAAUAUGAAAUUGUUCUGUUAGCUAUCUAACUUAACAGGAGCCAUUACACAAAAUUUACAUGCUCCCCAGCUUGCAGACAAUCUGGACAAGAAGUCUGUCUGUAGCUUGAUUUGUUUGUAAAUCCAGCCACUGCAUCAGUAUAAGCUUAAUACAGAUGCCCCUCGAUUUAUUCACAGGUUAGGCUCUGUAAAAACCUCAGGUAAAGUUAUAAUGAAUAAAAAAUUUGCUGUAAUGCUUUAUUGCAUAUUCAUCAACCAGGGUCGCUGUGUUCCAGAGCCUGUCCUGAAAAUGGAGUGAGGCAGGGUGCAAUGUGGACAGGACACCGUCGCACAAAUUUUAUUAACUUUUAUUCACUUGAUGCAAU